GGGACUUCCACUGAAUGAUCCCAGGAAGCGAUGGAAGCAGCGGCGGCGGGAGCACGCGCGCUGCUAGUUCUUCCUUCCCGAUCUCCAUUCCAGGAACCUAGAUUUGCAUUCCCUGUUCGAUGCGCUCCAAUUCCAAUCGCGCAGCGGCAUUUCUUUCCUCCUCCGCGGAGCUGGGAUUCCCAUUGCCGUCGCCCUCUUCUUAGGUUUUCCUGCUGCCUCAGAGAAGCACAAGGCGAUCCCGCCACGAGGAGGAAGCGCCUGGCUGUUUUCGUGUCCGGCGGCGGAUCAAACUUUCGGAGCAUUCACAAGGCGACGAUCGAUGGCACUGUUCUUGGAGACGUGGUGAUCGUUGUCUCGGACAAGCCAGAAUGCAAGGCUUGCGAGUACGCUCGAGAGCACGGGAUUUCGGUGGCGUACUAUCCGAGAACAAAGUUUGCUCCAGAUGGAGUGUCUCCAAACGAGCUCGUGGAAAUUCUCAGGCAUCAAAGAGUGGAUUUCGUGCUGCUGGCCGGCUACUUAAAGUUGAUACCAAAAGAGCUCGUGGAAGCGUUUCCUCGAGCGAUCCUCAACAUCCACCCCGCGCUCCUCCCGGCAUUUGGAGGCAAAGGUUUCUAUGGAAUCAAAGUCCACGAGGCUGUCAUCGCUUCCGGCGCUCGUGUCUCGGGCCCAACGAUCCAUUUCGUGGAUGAGAAGUAUGAUCACGGGAGUAUUCUUGCGCAGCGAACAGUUCCGGUUCUAGAGACGGACACGCCGCAAGACUUGGCAGCCAGAGUACUGGAACAAGAGCACGCACUGUAUGUGGAAGCUGUGGCUGCUCUCUGCGAAGAAAGGAUUGAAUGGAGUGGCGAUGGAGUUCCUCGCAUGCGCGAAAAGGAGCUAGCUUAACUGUGAGGCAAAUCAUCUCACUCAUGGGUUUUGUCCCUGUUCCUCAUCCCGGAUUCUUUGUUCUGGAGUAGAAUUUCGUGCUCGUAACAACGCCAACGCCAAAGACAAUGCAAUGCCCAGAAGACCAGCCAUUGUUAUCGAAAGCAAUGCCUCGAUAUGUAGCUGCAAAAACAAAACAUAAAUUUCAUAAAGAUGGUUAAGGACUC